ACCACAAUGGCAGCCGAAGUGAAUAUUUAAAUGCGACAGGCAGCCCAGGUUUGGCGUUGGUUAUGGUUUCUGUUUACUAUUUCCAGCGUUUUAUCUGAAACGCAUCAACUGAGUCCAGUCUUCGACCUUUAUUCUAAAACACAUUUAAAGAUGCAGGUUAUUGAGCAUCCUGUUGAGAGACUGCACACUGCUCUGCUGUCCACACGGAAAGAUCUAAUAGAAACCUACCAGCAAUUCAGCAGACCAGAGAAGACACUUUUAGAAGAAGGACUCCUGCCUGGCAAUUCUCUCUUCAACCCCAUCACCAUUCACUCAAACUCAGACUGGAUUCCUGCGCAUCCAGAGGAUCCUCAAGACUUUCAGAGUUUUUACAUCAACCCUUACCGCCGUUCUCCAAGCAGUGGGCAUAAUACCAUCUACAUUCAAACUAUUGGCUCUUUUGGGGAAGGAGCGGAUGUGGCAGUGCAGUAUGUUGAAUGGCUGAAGGAUUACUGCCAGGCAUUUUAUUAUGGACUAGUGGUCAAGCUUUUACCACCGGUAACAGUUGCUUCAACAGCGUGUUCAUUUCGCAUCAACGACAACACGCACAACCUUCAGCUUCAUGCUGGAGAGCUGUUAAACUUCUUGAAAAAGAAGAAGCCCAGAGAUGCUUUUUGCAUUGUGGGGAUCACCAUGAUCGACUUGUACCCCAGAGACUCAUGGAAUUUUGUUUUUGGCCAGGCUUCUCUCACUGAUGGAAUGGGAGUAUUCAGUUUUGCCCGAUAUGAUGAUAAUUUUUACCAGAGAAGCUAUGCAGGACGGCUGAAGAAGAAUAUAAAACUAAAGCUAGGAGACUACUCAGUGUUUGAGAAUUACUACACUCCUCCAAUCACCAGCACUCUUCUCCUCCGCUCCUGCAAGACCCUGACACAUGAGAUUGGACAUAUAUUCGGUGUGAAGCAUUGCCAGUGGCUAAACUGUGUCAUGCAAGGCUCCAAUCACUUAGAGGAGUCUGACCGUCGACCUCUUGACCUCUGCCCCAUCUGUUUGCGUAAACUACAGUCUGCCAUUGGAUUCAAAAUAGCUGACAGAUACAAGGCCUUGCUGCACUGGAUUGAAGAUGGAGCUGCCAGCAGUGAACAAAAUCCAAAACCCACACAAGCCUUCCAAGAGUAUAAACACUGGUUGUAUAAGUGCUUACGAAUAUUGGAAGGUGAAAAAUCAUGAUCCAGCCAGUAUGAUCUUUUGCUCCCUACAAGCAAUGUUAAGAAACAGAAGACCUCUCAAGACCACAUAUGCUCAUCCCACUGAACAGAGCAAAUAUAAUUCCUUUCCAUUAUAUAAAAAUCCAAGUCAUGUGACAGUAUUUCAUAACUAAUAUAGUUUUACUAUAGAGGUAAUUGAUGAAGCAGUCUUAUAAGACACUUUCACAUUUGAAUUUGGCAUUGCAUUACAUUGGGAAUAUUUGUCUUGAUUUCAGUUGUACAACCUAAGCUCUGCAAAGCUUUGAAUUCACAGUUAUCUUUAAUAAUAGAGAUGCAAAUGUAAUCCACACAGUUGAUAACAUUGCAUCAUGAUCAUGUGGUGGAAAAAUUCAUUUAACACUGCUUCUGUAUGCCUAUAUAUGCAUGUAUUUUCUUAGAAUUGCUGUGUGGGUUCAGAGGGGCGACACCUGGGGGGGAAACAGAUGUCUGAGGAUGACCUGAGGGGGUCACCUAAGUCCUAAAUGUGUGAGAAACCGCCCAUAGAGAGUUUUCCUUGUUAUGUGUGGAAAUUUACAGCUGCUAAGACUCUGUAACCUUGACGCAGCAAAGGGAUUUAAGGUGGAGGACUGCCCUCUUCCUGGGUCGGUUUCACUCUGCAGGAACUCAGUGUUGCUGUAUGACUGUCUGACCAUCUUUGCAAAGAAUAAAAGCUUUCUUUUUAAUUAUACCUGAGAAUGAGUCUGUCUCUUAUGCUGAUGAGAGUUGAUUUAAAUUUUGCCACGACAAUUUGGUGUCAGAACGUGGGAUUCUUUGGAUGUGUCUUCUGGACCUGUGAGCGGACGGUGACUGAUCAUCCUGAACAAUAGAAGUUCAGCCCUAACCCCGAUUAGAACCUGAGUGGCAACAGAACUCUCGGGUAAGAGACAGUUCAUGGUAUUCUAAAUUUUAGGUUUUUAGAAAUAAGGUUUGGAAUCUAAAUUUAAAAGAGGGAUGAACCAUAGCGGUGGGACGUUCUCUGUGGGAAGCACAAUCAAGAGGAUGAGGGGAUCCGAUUGUGAGAAUACUGCGGCACAGUUAAUACAUUUCUAAGGGGAAUUGAAACUGCUGCAACUGGCGUGAUCGUAAAUUGAGUUAUAAAUUGAGAUCAAAGCGAUCCAGAUAUUUCGAAACGAUAAGCUGAGAUCAUGCGCGAGUGGUUAACAUAUUUCUAAGAGGGGAAGUGAGACUGUGCGAGUAUUGCCUGUCGAAUUGGCAGAGAAAAGUCGGAUCUGUUAGAGAUGUCUGGCAGAUUAUAGUCGCGCCGAAGAGAAUCUCCACAGAGAAGGAAACCAGCAGAUAAGGGAAAGUCUCAGAGCAAGCUCGCUGUAUAUGAUACACCAGUGUUUAGACAAAUGAAAAAAGUGUAUAGCCAAAAAUGCAUGCAAGAUAUGGGGAAAUUAAUCAAAUACCAUGGUUUUACCAAAAGAGGGAAUGUUGAGUGUUAAGAAAUUAAAAGCUGUGAAGGAAUCAGUAGAAGAGGGAAGCGAUGGACAGAAAGGUUGUUGUGUGAGGCUGUGUGAGAAAUGUGAACGAAUUGUGAAUUGUUGGAUAGCGGUAGCAGAUAGGAGAGAAAGGACAACGAUGCAGAAAGAAUUAGUAAGUAGAAAGGAGGAAAAGAAAGUUGAAGAAUGUGAAGAAAGUGUAAAUGCCUCACAUAGACCUACUAACCGCUCUGAUGUUUGUGUUUCUAAACAUGUACCUCCGAUCUAUACACACUUUAUGUGGCCGAGCUGAAGGCCGUGAAACUGGACCCUGACCUCGACUGCUCUCUGCCGAGAAGACCAACAGCACCGUGGGCAGAUCCAGAAUGGAGACAAGAGAAAGAGGAAGAACCAGAAAUCAUUCCUGAAAAAAAAGGAAUUGAGGAAGAAACCUCGCAGAGCACCCCCGACAAAGAAAAGAUAAACAAGACAAACAGCGAAAUAAGAAAAUGUGAGUAUAACAGCUCCAUUGAUUGAAGUUUUAGGUCCUGACGGGCCUGUUAUGGUCUUUAAACCAUGGACUAUAACGGACAUGAAGGAAGCGAUGGCUCACUUGCCGAGCCCUGAAGGAGCAGGUGAUAAAUUUUCUACCGAAUUAGUCACCUUCUGCCAAGAAUUCAGCCCUACCGUGUACGAACUGAGAAGGCUGCUGCUGGCUAUGCUGUUUUAGCACACGCUUUGCAUGCAGAGGAGAUGCAGACGGCUAAGAAGGAAAGAGUUAAAGCCAAGACCAACAGAGAGUGACAGCUGGCUUUUGAGCAAGUCGUGUUGAAGCCGGGGGGCUAUUCUGUGCAGGGAGACCAGCAAUCGAAAGGGGGAAGAUGGAAAAGAGGAGGAGGAAGAUAUCCGAAUGAAACUGAAAGAAACUCUGAAAGAUGGGGUUGUUGGAUCUGCGAGACAGUUGACCACAAGACAUUCAGGUGUACAAGACGCAGACUGUGCAAAAAGGACGGUCAUUGGGCCAAGGAUUGCCCGGAGAACCAGCGAAAUCAACAAGCAGACUGAAGCGAGGGAGACGGAGAGCAGAGAGGAGGGGUCCAGGGCGAGCAACCAACAGUCACAAGUCAGGGAAGUGAACAUUUUCUAACCACAAACACACACACAUACACUGAUGUACUUUCUGCUCUCUGCAAUGAAGAAUAUGCUUGCUUUCCUUUGUGUAUGUCUGAUUCUGUUGAUAAGCAUCCUGACAAAUGUGCUUUUAUGUUUAAGAGUGAAGCUUUUAUGAAAAUGCCUAAAUAUCUUAUGCUAGUGGAGAGGAUAUUGAUUGAGUUUUUAGUUGAUUCUGGGGCCGCACGGUCAGCUAUACGGCCAUGUGAUUUGCAGUGCCAACCACAAUUAACAGCGAAAUUAAUGAGUCAGUUUCUGCAUCAGGGCACGUAAUCUGUGAAAGAUUCACAGUGCCUCUGAAUUGUAAACCAGAAAGGGGUGAGGGCCUGAGGCAUGCUUUUCUCUACACCCCUGGAUGCCCAGUGCCUUUGAUGGGGAGAGAUUUAUUGUGCAAACUAAAUCUGACACUGAUUGCAGACUCUGGGGGUGUCCGAGUUGCAGAGAAAGAGCAGAUUUGCUUUCUGCAAGCAGAACCAAAAUGGGCAUAUGAAUGGCACAUCAUAAAUUCUGAUUGGGCUGGAAUGAUGUGUGAACUGGCUAAAAAUCGAACAAAACAAUUAGACAGAGAAAUUGCGUUGCCUGACAAAUUGCAUUGCACGUCAUAUGUUGUAGUACAACGAGAUGACCAGUAUGAGAAAGACUGGUUUCAGGGAGGAAAAGGAGAAACUUUACGUUUUGAGAUAAUGUUUUGGACAGAAAAUGUGUGUGCAGUUUCAGUUUGCCCGACAGAAAAACAGCUUGAGUUUUACUCAAUGGCAGAAGAUUCUGUGCCUCGCUCUCCAAGGCCAGCAGACAGGGCCCAGAUUAGAACUGUUUGUGAAAAGCUGUGGUUGUGUUACAGACCGAGGAAGAUAGGGGAGGGGGUGAAACACACUGAGAGUCUGGGAGUGUUUAUGUCAGAGUGCAAGCAUGACAUUGAGACAGAGGGAGUUGUGGUACCCAUUGACAAAAGAAAAAGGGAAAAUCAUUGCAUGACAAUUAUUUGUGCCUCAGAUAUACAUCCAGCAUCAACAAAAGUGCCAUCAGAGUUAUGGGCAAAACACAAAUAUGAUGUGGGUUUGAUUAAAGGAUGUGAACCAGUUGUGGUCACCCCAAAAUCUGAUUACAGACCAUGUCAACGUCAAUACCCUCUAAAACAAGAGGCAAUUCUUGGUAUAAAACCAGUAUUUGAGUCACUAUUAAAAGAAGGAAUAAUGGUGCCAUGCAAUGAUUCUCCAGUUUGAACUCAAAUUUUUCCUGUAAAAAAUAAGGGAUGAGGGUCAGCCCACAGACUGGCGAUUUGUACAGGAUUUACAGGCUGUAAGUGCUGCUGUCGGGCAAAGGGCUCCAUCAGUACCAAAUCCAUAUACAAUUUUGUCACAAAUACCACAAGAUUCAACAUUCUUCUCAGUGGUAGAUUUGUAUGGAAGCAGUGUAGUCUCAAAUAUAAUUCACGCAAAAAAC